AUGGACAUUGCAAUUAGUAUGGAGAUGGCUGACAGCGAAUCUCGUAAACUUAAGGAAACAGUGUUUGAUGAUGGUAAGAAUGCGGAAAGGACACACAAAGUGUUUACACAAUGCUUUCGUUGUGGUAAGAACAAUCACAAUGCAGACAAUUGUUACAACAAAAACAGCAAAUGUCACAAAUGUCACGAAAACGGACAUCUGAGUAAAAUGUGUCAUGUCAACAAAUCGCGACAGAAUGUAAACAAACCGCGAUCACAUCAAAGUACUGAAAGUACUGGUGGUACUCCAGGAAACAAAAAGGGACAUAAAAUGAAAAAAAAAAGUCCUAAGGUCAACUUUGUGGAUUCUGACAUGGAUUCUUCUGGUGUCCAGGAUACUGAACAACAGUACUCAUGGCCUCUAUUUUCAAUCAAUUCUGGUGGUCAUAAAGAAAUAAACAUUGAUUUGUUAAUUGACAACAAACAACAGAAAAUGGAAUUAGAUACUGGCGCUUCAGUUUCGUUGAUGUCGGAAAAGGAGUACAAACAGAAGUAUGAUGGAAAACUUAACAAGUCAUCAACAGUAUUAAGAACAUACACCGGUCAGCUUUUGCCAGUUGUCGGAGAAAAAUCUGUUACUGUACAGUAUGGAGACCAACAUCUAUCGCUACCAUUACUUGUUGUCAAAGCUGAUGGACCAGCAUUGCUGGGUAGGAACUGGUCAAGUCAAUUAAAACUUAAUUGGCAGUCCAUCAAGUACACCAUCCAUGAUAACCUGGAGAAGGAAAUCUUCCAGAAAUACAAGGUUUUCAAUGAAGAGCUUGGUACAGUGAAAGGUGUAACUGCGACACUUCGAUUGAAAGAUAACUGUACACCAAAGUUUUUCAAACCAAGGCCCGUGCCUUUUGCUCUAAAGGACAAGAUUGGUGAAGAGCUUGAACGCUUGGAAAAGGCCAGUAUUCUCAGAAAAGUGGAGAGUUCUGAUUGGGGCACUCCUAUUGUACCAGUGUUGAAGCCUGAUGGAUCUGUGAGGAUAUGUGGGGACUAUAAAGUCACUAUCAAUCCCUACUUUGAUGUUCCAGAAUAUCCUUUACCCACAAGUGAAGAGUUGUUUGCAAAGUUGAAUGGUGGUGAACAGUUCUCAAAACUUGAUUUGACUAGUGCGUAUCAACAAGUACUCUUAGACGAGGAGUCGCGAAACCUUGUAACCAUCAACACACACCAAGGUUUGUACCAGUAUACGCGUCUUUCAUUUGGAGUUGCGGCUGCACCAGCUAUUUUUCAACGCACAAUGGAUCAAGUCCUGCAAGGAAUUGAGGGUGUCGGAUGCAUAUUAGAUGAUAUUCUAAUUACAGGGAAAUCUGACGUGGAACACCGUCACAAUCUUCAUACGACACUACAGCGACUUGAAAAUUUCGGUAUACGACUACGGAAAGACAAAUGUUUUUUCCUUCGCGAUGAAGUAGAAUAUUUCGCGUUCAAAGUCAACAAAGAAGGUAUCCACCCUUCACCGAGAAAAGUGGAAGCCAUUUUGAAAUUGGCUGAUCCUCAGAAUAAGCGUGAACUUCAAUCUUGGCUCGGUAUUGUGAAUUAUUACCGGAAAUUCAUUCCCAACAUGGCGACUGUCCUUGAGCCUCUUACUCAUCUGCUUGCCAAUGAUGUCGAAUGGCAAUUGAGCCCAACAUAUGCGAAUGCGUGUGAGACUAUCAAGAAACUUUUGGUGUCAUCUGCAGUUAUGAUAGAAAAAGAAGCGUUAGCGAUUAUCUUUGGAAUUCAACGGUUUCACCAGUAUCUGUACGGGCGACGUUUUACCCUAUUGACGGACCAUAAACCGCUGACAACUAUAUUGGGACCAAAGAAGGGCAUUCCGGUUUUGGCCGCGUCUCGAUUGCAAAGAUGGGCGAUACAGUUAUCCGCGUACCAGUUCGACAUAAAGUUUCGUUCAACGGAUAAAAACGGAAAUGCUGAUGUGUUAUCACGUUUUCCUAUGAAAGAGGAGGAAAGUGGAGUUGACGACAACUAUGUGUUCUAUGAGGAAGCUCAGUUAGUGAACAACAUGCAAGUUAACAGCUUACCUGUUACUGCUACGCGUAUCGCUGCGGCAAUAAAAGGAGAUACAACUUUGGCACGCGUAAUGGAAUUUACCCGAAGUGGAUGGCCAAAUGUGGAAAUGGGAGAUGAACUUAAACCAUAUCACAGAAUUCGUGAUGAACUGACCAUUGAGGAAGGAUGCUUACUCAGAGGAGUACGAGUAAUCAUUCCGAACCAAUAUCAAAGUGAAAUAUUAGAUGAACUGCAUAGCAACCAUCCAGGAAUUGUUAGAAUGAAAUCCCUGGCUCGGUUACAUGCAUGGUGGCCAAACAUGGAUGUGGAUAUUGAACGGAAAGUGUCGGGCUGUGAGGCAUGUCAGAAAGUACUACCAAAUGCACCGAAAUCUCCUGCAAACCCUUGGAGAUGGCCGUCGGCACCAUGGAACCGUAUUCAUAUCGAUUUUGCUGGACCAUUCAUGAGUGAAAUGUUCAUGGUAGUGGUCGAUGCACAUUCAAAGUGGUUAGAUGUGAUACGCAUGUCUUCCACGACCACAGCCAGUACUAUCAACGCGUUGAGGUAUCUAUUCGCGUCGUAUGGUUUACCCAAAGAACUAGUUUCAGAUAAUGGACCGCAAUUUACUGCAGCAGAGUUUGCCACAUUCUUGAAAGAAAAUGGAGUACGUCAUAUACUUUCUGCACCUUAUCACCCCAGCUCAAACGGCGAGGCAGAGAGAGCUGUACGUACAUUCAAGCAAGCUAUGAAAUCCCUGGUUCAGUCAGAUAGUAGUCUGAACCAGAAACUUGCUUCGUUUUUGUUGUCGUACCGUACAACACCACAUAGUCUCACCAAGGCUCCACCCAGUGAACUAUUCUUGGGAAGGAAGUUGAGGACCAUGUUGGAUAUUAUGCGUCCGGAUCUUUCUGGGAAAAUUCAACAAAAGACUACACCAACAGAGUCAAAAACACGAUUGUUCGAAAUUGGUGACAUUGUCAUUACUCGCGACUACCGUGGAAGCCCACGGAAACCUUCAUGGAUCAAAGGUAUUGUUAUCCGCAAGCUAGGACCAAUGACAUAUACCAUUCAGGUGGACAACCUGAUAUGGAAAAGACAUGUGGAUCAAAUACGUACAUGUGAUCCAGCUUGUAACUUUGAACCAAGAGAGCAAGCAGUUCCAGACACUCAAAAUUCUCUGGGCAGUCUUCCAGGUAUCUUACCUAAUCCAACCAUUGGUACUCAGAGGAUUCCUUCUGUAGAUUGUCCAAUUAGGAUUCAAACCAGUGAAGUAGCUACUACUACACCAGAGACUGAUCAGACUGAUCCAUCGACCAAUGUGACACACGAACAUCGCUAUCCGCGUCGUAAUAUAAUCAAACCAUCGCGUCUGAUUGAAAACUGUUAA